ACCGUUCCGCUUGCAUUUUCGAAGCACAUCUCGCAGACGCCGUCCAGUGGCCAUGGGCAAGCGUGGCACGCAGCCCGGGCAGCCCGGGCAGCCUGGGCAGCCUGGUGUCCAGACGGACCCCCAGGCAAAGGCAAAGGUGCCCCAGCCAGUGCCGCCAGCCGCUGAAGGACCUGCUGAACAGCCGCCGAAGCGGGUGAAGAAAGAGAUCAGCCAGCGCAAGCCGGGUGAGAUCAAGCGGCCAAAGGAGUCCCCCGCUCCAGGGCCUCCGCUUGCGGCGCCCUCUCCGGCACGAGCGAACCUGUUCGAGCCAAAGGCGAAGCGCGUGCGGCGCAGUGCCACGGGUGGCAUUGCCUGGGCGCUGAGCGAGGUGCGAUCACAGCUGGAGGCGAUUUGUGAUGUGGAGGGCGUACGGGAGCUCAUGGAGCGAUUCCCCGAAUGCAUCCUGCUGGGUGGCAUCUCCGCGCGCCGGGAGCUCGUGGGCGCCUUGCUGGGCGACACCGCUGUGGCCACCGCAGCCGCCGCGGUCCUGGUCCAACCGGGCAUGCGCCAGCCCAUGGCCCUAGAGCUGCGGUGCAGCAACGCAGAGCUGGGCUCCCCACAGGCGCCUGAAGCAGAGUACUGGCUGCAGGGUGUGCGGAAUGCUACGCAGCAGGCCCUAGGGCACCGCCUGAAGCUGGACGCCCUGCGCCUGCGGCUCUCUGCAGCAGGCUGUGCAAACCUAGAUGUUGUGGACUUGCCAGAGAAGUGCAGCGUGCUCGCAGACGUGCCCCUGAAGAUUGAGGAGAUGCGAAUGCGGCACCUGGGCUCCAGCUCGAACCUUUUGGUAUGCCUGGAGAGAGGACCUCCGCUGGAGCUGUGCAGGAGGUUCGACCCGCAGCUGCGACGCACGGUCCUUGUGGGGGCCGCCUCUUCCAACGUGAGCUUGGGAGGCGACGAUUCAGUGCCUGCCUCCAUUCUGUGCGGCACAGAUGCUGCCCUGUGCCUGGAGGAGCGCUUCGCGGAGCUCUGCAAAGAGCGGGCCAGCCAGUGGCUGACGAGCUUGGACCGCCUGGAAAUGCGGCUCUCCAAGUCUAGCCGAGAAGCGCGGGAGAUGGCACACAAGGAGAGUGCUCUGGAAAUGCUGAGCAAGGCAAGAUCUGCUGGCUUCUCCUUCGGCCGGGCCUUGCAGGAAGUCAUCCAAGGCACUCCUGGUUGCAAUGCCGGCGCGCUGACGCUGGAGGAGGAGCUGCUGGACUUCGCCUCCUCGGCCGCGAAGGGCCACGGAGGCGCCGGGGACUUCCUCCUGGGCCAGGAUGUCGCCUCGGCUGCGGCAGAGGCCUUUGAAUGCUUCGGGGGCGUGGAAGGCUACAGCGCCUACCUGCGCAACGAGGUCCAGAUCCCCGGCGCCGACGUGGCGCUCAACGGGGGCGCCGCCUGGCGCCGCCUGCUGGCGGAGAUCGAGGUGGCCAUGCGCUUGGCACGCCCCCCUGAGGAGUCCAUCAAGAACAUCUCCUUGGCCGCGAUUUGUGCGGGAGGCACUGGUGUCCAUGGGCAUCAGCGCUGGGAGGACGUCGCCUCCAAGCUGAUGCUCACCAUCGCCUUUGAGCCCUUGAUGCGGCGAUUACGCUAUGUCGCCGCCCGGGUGAUUUGGUUGCUGCGGCACCAGAAGCUGGCGGUGGCCCAGUGGAUGUCCUUCUUGGCCGAGGGCCCCGGUGCCAGGCCGAUUCGGAAUCGGCUGUAG